AUGGCCUAUGUUGAUUGCCAUGAAAACUCCACCCCUACCUCUAUCAAUACUGUAAAACUUUUUGGCAUUAACAUUCAAGAAGAAGCUAGUUUGAAUCAAUCUCCAUCACCACUCUCACAAUCCCGAUCAGAACUAUCUGAGUCUUUGAAUGGGAAAAAACUAUACGAGUGUCAAUAUUGUGGUAGAGAAUUUGCAAAUUCGCAAGCAUUAGGAGGACACCAAAACGCGCAUAAGAAAGAAAGACAGCUUCUGAAGCGUGCUCAAAUGAAAGCUGCUCGGAGCUUUGUACCCUCGCAUUAUCAUAAUACAUUUAUGUUUCCUCCACCGCAGCAAUAUCAUUUCGCCGGUGCUGUACCGUCUCAAGCUCCUUCGUUGUCGUGGCUAUAUACGAUGCCAGGAGCAAGUUCGGGAGCUCAUGGCCAUCAGCAUCAAGAGAGACUUGGUGGAUUCAACAGAGGCAGCGGAUGUAGUGAAGGAUUUGGUUUAAAUUUGCAUCUUGGUUUAUAA